GCUGGAUGAAUUGAAGGAAUGCGUUCAAACAGGAAAGAUCUGUGAAAAGCUAUACCAGGAAGCUGCUGGGGAGCCAGUAAAUGAGUCUAAGAUAGAGGAAGAUUUGGAGCUGCUGUCGAAGGAUGCAGCCAUUCUGCAGCUGCAGAGACUGGAGGGAGCCAGGAAAAAGGUGGUUGAGCUGUCCGAGAGGGCGACUCUGGACAAGGCCAUGGCAGAGCUACAGCGUCUGGAGGACUACAUUCAGGGAGGGGCCUUCGCAGGACCUCAGGAAGUCAUCGGACCGCCAGGAACAACACACACACACACACACAGACACAGACACACGCGUUACCGUGACUACGUAUACACAGUCCUGCGUUACAGGGACUACAUUUACCGUCUUGAUGUCACAAGUUUUACCCUCUUGAGCUGUCGUUGCUUGCAGCCAUAUUCCCUUAGACAUGUUCUGACACGUCCCUGUUGUUUGUCUAUGUCUUCAUCUACUUUGGAUAACUGUCAACAAUUUGAUUGGCUUGGAAUUUUGAACUUGUCCAAUAUUCAGUUGGGGAGAAUAUUUGCGUCCACUGUUGCUGCUAGUACUGCAUGUUUUGUUACUACUAGUACUACAUGUUAUGUUACUGCUAGUACUAUAUGUUAUAUUACUGCUAGUACUGCAUGUUCUGUUACUACUAGUACUAUAUGUUAUGUUACUGCUAGUACUACAUGUUAUGUUACUACUAGUACUAUAUGUUCUGUUUCUGCUAGUACUACAUGUUCUGUUACUGCUAGUACUACAUGUUCUGUUACUACUAGUACUACAUGUUCUGUUACUACUAGUACUAUAUGUUCUGUUUCUGCUAGUACUACAUGUUCUGUUACUGCUAGUACUACAUGUUAUGUUACUGCUAGUACUACAUGUUAUGUUACUGCUAGUACUACAUGUUAUGUUACUGCUAGUACUACAUGUUCUGUUACUACUAGUACUACAGGUUCUCUUUCUACUAGUACUAUAUGUUCUGUUACUGCUAGUACUACAUGUUAUGUUACUGCUAGUACUACAUGUUCUGUUUCUGCUAGUACUACAUGUUCUGUUACUACUAGUACUACAUGUUCUGUUACUACUAGUACUACAUGUUCUGUUUCUGCUAGUACUAUAUGUUAUAUUACUGCUAGUACUACAUGUUCUGUUUCUGCUAGUACUAUAUGUUAUAUUACUGCUAGUACUACAUGUUCUGUUUCUGCUAGUACUACAUGUUCUGUUACUACUAGUACUAUAUGUUAUGUUACUGCUAGUCCUACAUGUUCUGUUUCUGCUAGUACUACAUGUUCUGUUACUACUAGUACUACAUGUACUGUUACUACUAGUACUACAUGUUCUGUUUCUGCUAGUACUAUAUGUUAUAUUACUGCUAGUACUACAUGUUCUGUUUCUGCUAGUACUAUAUGUUAUAUUACUGCUAGUACUACAUGUUCUGUUUCUGCUAGUACUACAUGUUCUGUUACUACUAGUACUAUAUGUUAUGUUACUGCUAGUCCUACAUGUUCUGUUUCUGCUAGUACUACAUGUUCUGUUACUACUAGUACUAUAUGUUAUGUUACUGCUAGUCCUACAUGUUCUGUUUCUGCUAGUACUACAUGUUAUGUUACUGCUAGUACUACAUGUUCUGUUACUGCUAGUAUUACAUGUUCUGUUUCUGCUAGUACUAUAUGUUAUGUUACUGCUAGUACUACAUGUUCUGUUACUGCUAGUACUACAUGUUCUGUUACUACUAGUACUACAGGCUCUCUUUCUACUAGUACUAUAUGUUAUGUUACUGCUAGUCCUACAUGUUCUGUUUCUGCUAGUACUACAUGUUCUGUUACUACUAGUACUAUAUGUUAUGUUACUGCUAGUCCUACAUGUUCUGUUUCUGCUAGUACUACAUGUUAUGUUACUGCUAGUACUACAUGUUCUGUUACUGCUAGUAUUACAUGUUCUGUUUCUGCUAGUACUAUAUGUUAUGUUACUGCUAGUACUACAUGUUCUGUUACUGCUAGUACUACAUGUUCUGUUACUACUAGUACUACAGGCUCUCUUUCUACUAGUACUAUAUGUUAUGUUACUGCUAGUACUACAUGUUAUGUUACUGCUAGUACUACAUGUUAUGUUACUGCUAGUACUACAUGUUAUGUUACUGCUAGUACUACAUGUUCUGUUACUGCUAGUACUACAUGUUCUGUUACUGCUAGUACUACAUGUUAUGUUACUGCUAGUACUACAUGUUAUGUUACUGCUAGUACUACAUGUUAUGUUACUGCUAGUACUACAUGUUCUUGUGUACUGUGUAUAUAUUCCAUAUGCUUCUCUGGAGUGUUGCUCUCCUACCGGACUGUAUUACUUUAUUUGAAGUAAAGCCAUAGGAAAACAUGUGUUUUCUCCAGAUUGUCUGUACUUUCAGUGAAAGGUCUAAUCUGUGACAGGGAAUGCAGCCAUUCAACUAUAGAUUUAUCAUGGCAGCAUAUCAAUGGAUGUUUUUAAUUUUCUUUUUUUAAUGAAAACACUGUCUGUGAAAAAUAAAUGUUAAAAUAAAAAUAAAUGUUAAAAUAAAAAUAAAUGUUAAAAAAAACACACUGAGGCCAAUGAAUGUAUCACGUCUGUAUUUAAACCUGUGUAUCAAUAAAAAGA